GGAUAACGUCGAAUGGAACGAGGAACAACAACUUCUAGCCCAAAAGAACGUAUCAGAAAAUUCGGUAAUAACACUCAACGAUGAUGAUUUGAAAAAAAUCCAUAUCCAAGCUGACGAAAAUUGGAAUAAAUUCUACGGAAUCCAUCAAAACAGAUUUUUCAAGGAUCGACAUUGGCUCUUCACGGAAUUCCCAGAAUUAGCCCCCCACAAAGUGAAAGAUGAUCCUACAAUCCCUCAGAAAGUUCCCUCACUGUCUUCUCAUAAGGAAAAAAGGAAUGGAAAAGAAUUAAUCGAAGACUCUGAAGGAGAACACAGAAUCUUCGAAAUUGGAUGUGGCGUGGGCAACACAAUUUUUCCCAUUUUAAUGUACAAUUCUAAUCCAAAUUUAUUUGUGUAUGGCUGUGAUUUUUCGUCGACUGCCAUUGAUAUUUUAAAAGACAAUCCGGAUUACGAUGAGACUAGAUGCAAAGCUUUUGUGCUCGAUGCAACGAGGGAGGAUUGGGAGCCACCGUUUGAGGAGGAAAGUCUCGAUAUAAUUCUCCUGAUCUUUGUUCUGUCCAGCAUUCCACCUGACAAACAAAAACACGUUACACAACAAAUCUUCAGAUACCUUAAACCUGGAGGGCUGGUUUUACUGCGAGACUAUGGAAGAUAUGAUUUAGCACAAUUGAGAUUCAAAAAAGGUCGAUGCCUAGCAGAUAAUUUCUACGCUAGGGGAGAUGGAACUAUGGUGUAUUUUUUCACUCAAGACGAAAUACGAGAAUUAUUUAUUGAAUCUGGUUUUCAAGAGGAACAGAAUAUUGUCGAUAGACGAUUGCAAGUGAAUCGAGGAAAGCAACUGAUGAUGUACAGGGUGUGGAUUCAGGGAAAAUAUCGAAAACCUAUGAUGGAUGCAUGAAAUAAAAGUCAAUCUAUCCUUAAA